UUAAGUUCUGUUUAUAAUAACAAACUAAUUUUAGUUUAUUAAUUAUUUUUAUUAAAGAAUAUUUUAAAUCACAAUGUCUAUACUAGAUAAAACAAUAUAUUAUUUGGGUCAAUAUUGGGAUGAUAUUGGUGACCCCCGUGUAAAUGAUUGGUAUAUGCUUAAAGGGGGGAUAUGGAAAAUAUUGUCAAUAAUGUCUAUAUAUUUAUUGAUAGUACGAGUAAUAUUGCCAAUACAUAUGAAGCGUAGACCUCCGUAUGAUUUAGCAAAACCAAUAUUAUGGUAUAACACACUUAUGGUGGUAUUCAAUGCUUAUGGUCUCUAUUGGGCCGUUAGGGCUAUAGAUUACGGCCGUAUAUUUCUUGACUUUACUUAUCCAUCGCGUGAAGACACAUCCGAGUGGACGAUGUGGUUAAUGAACUUAGGAUGGUUAUGGAUGGGAACCCGUUUCCUCGAUUUGAUGGAUACCGUGUUUUUUGUUGUGCGUAAAAAAGAGUCUCAAAUAACAACUCUUCAUUUAUAUCAUCACACAGUGGUUCCCAUAUUGGGUUGGGUAUCGUUUAAAUACAAUGCUAUGAUACCUAUAAUCCGCAUGUUUUUACUGUUAAACUCAUUUAUUCACGUAAUGAUGUACAGCUAUUAUGCAUUGUCAUCAUUGGGACCGUCUGUCCAAAAGUAUUUGUGGUGGAAGAGGUAUAUAACUCAGUGCCAAAUCUUACAGUUUCUAAUAUGUGGCUGUUAUGGAGUCGUUUUAUUUACCCUACAAACCGGUUAUCCCAUGGAAUGGUUUGCUUUCUGUGUCGGACAAAACCCAUUGUUUUUCUAUAUGUUUUACGAUUUUUACAAACAAUCUUAUAAUAGACGAAAAUUAAAACAAUAA